UCUGGAGAUCUCUGAGGGAGGAAUUCCCUCAUGGAAUUCCCUAAAUCCCCUUUUCCCUCAGUGUCUCCCAAAUCCGAUCUCUGCAGCCUUUUUGCUUUAUUCCCUCUCAGUCGUUUCUUCACCUUUUUCCUUUUUUUCCCUUUUUUUCCUAUUUUUAUCCUGGGGUUGCUCCAAAUCCUUGGGAAAAGCUCUGCGGGAAUGUGGGAGGUGCCAGACCUGGAACAAAGCGAUGAUCCCAGGGCACUCCACACUUUCCCAAAUAUUUCAGGAAUUUCUUUCCCUCCAGCCCUAAUUAAUUCUUUUUUGGGAUUACCCCACUGAAAUUUUCUUUUCCUGCUCUUUUAGGAUGGAAUCAGCUCUGGCAAGAGGGAAAAGCAUCCAGAGGGUGAUUUCCCAGCUCUAGAAAACAUGGAAAAUCCCAAUUAUCCCAACAAACCUGCACCACUCCUCAAUUUCCCCGUGAUUUCCCUUCAAUUUCCCCGUGACUUUCCCUCAAUUUUCCCGUGAUUUUCCCCCAGUUUUCCUGUGAUUUCCCCUUCAAUUUUCCCGUGAUUCCCCUCAAUUUUCCCGUGAUUUCCCCUCAAUUUUCCCGUGAUUUCCCACAGCUUUAAACCCUCAAAUCCCUUUUUUUUUUUUUUUUACCAGGUUGGUUUGAGGUUGUUGGUUUGUUUUUUUGUUUUGGGUUUUUUUUUUUUUAUUUUUGGGGUUUUUUUUGGGAUAACACCUGCUUCAAACUGUCUUUGCUCAGCCAGGAUUUUUUUUUUUUUUUUUUUUUCCCAGCCUGCAUGGACAGAGCAACCUUUGCCAGUUCCACCGCUUUUUUCCGGGAUUUUGGGAAUUCUGCUCCAAGUGCUCUUCCCGGGGGCCACGUGGAUUUUAUUGACAGAGCUGAUUCCUUCACUUACUCGGAUUUUUUCCGGGAUUACCUCAUUCCCAACCAUCCCUGCAUUUUCUCAGCCAAGUUCACCGAGGAUUGGGGCAGCAGGAAAACGUGGGUGACGUGGGAUGGGAAACCAAACUUUGAGCACCUCCUGCACAAGUUUGGAGAAGCCGUGGUGCCCGUUGCCAACUGUGAUGUCAAGGAAUACAAUUCCAACCCCAAGGAGCAGCUGCCCUUCAAGGAAUUUGUGGAAUACUGGCGGGAAUACAUCAGGAACGGCCAUCGCUCCUCCCGCGGCUGCCUCUACCUCAAGGACUGGCACCUGAGCAGAGCUUUCCCAGAGCAGGAUGUUUACACCACUCCCGUGUAUUUUUCCUCGGAUUGGCUCAACGAGUAUUGGGAUGCUGUGGCCGUGGAUGAUUUCCGCUUCGUCUACAUGGGACCCAAGGGAUCCUGGACUCCGUUCCACGCCGACGUGUUCCGCUCCUACAGCUGGUCUGCCAACGUGUGCGGCAGGAAGAGGUGGCUCCUGUAUCCCGCGGGACAGGAGGAAUUCCUGAAGGAUCGCCACGGCAAUCUCCCCUUUGACGUGACGGCUCCGGAUCUCCGGGAUAAGAGGAUUUAUCCGCGCUACAGCCAGAGCCAACCCCCUCUGGAAAUUAUCCAGGAAUCGGGAGAGAUCGUCUUCGUUCCCAGCGGAUGGCACCACCAGGUUUAUAACCUGGAAGACACCAUUUCCAUCAACCACAACUGGGUCAACGGCUGCAACGUGGCCCUCAUGUGGUGCUUCCUGCAGGAUGAGCUGGCGGCCGUCCAGCGGGAAAUCGGCCAAUGGAAAGAUCCCAUGGAUGACUGGCACCUCCAAUGCCAGCUGAUCAUGAAAUCCUGCACGGGCAUCGACUACAAGGAAUUCUACAACUUCCUCAAAGUCAUCGCGGAAAACCGGAUUUCCAUCUUGGAGAAGGGCCUGGAUGAGGAAUCCUCAUCCCAGAACAAUUCCAAAGCCGCCAUUUCCACCUUGGGAAUGCUGCACGCCGUCUUCGACCUCAAGAGGACGGUGAAGGUGCUGAGCUCGUUGAGCGCUAACGAGGAUUUCCGGAAGCUGGAUCUGAGCUCCCUCUCUCCUUCUCCGGAGGCUCUGCUCCAGCACCUGGAGUCGGCCAUCGACACGGCCCUGCUCUGAAUUCCUGCUUUUCCAAGGUUUUUUCCAAAGGGUUUGGAGGAAACCAACUUGGGACAAGAGCUUUAGUCCAGCAGGAGGAGGGAGAACAUUCCCGAAGUUCUGAGCAGUUUGGAGGAAUUGGGGGAAAAGCAAUCCCAGCUGAAGGAAAAUCCCAAAUUUUUUUUUAGGAUUAAGAGCAGGCACUCAGGGAAAGAAUUCCCUAUGGAUCAAGGCUGGAAGUGGAAUGAAGCAAAAUCCCUGUGCUUAAGCUCAGCUUUGUUAAAACCUCUCCUUUACAGGUCCAGCUCAGGUUUUCCAUCCUUUUUUUUGGGGGGAAUUCCAGCUGGUAACGCUUCCAUGGAAGCCUGAGCUGGAGCCAGCAGCUGGAUUGGAGAUGGACACGGCCCUGCUCGGAAUUCCUGCUUUUCCAAGGUUUUUUCCAAAGGGUUUGGAGGAAACAAACUUGGGACAAGAGCU